AUGUUAUUCAUCAGGGCACUGAUGCAGAGUUUACCGACAAUGAAAAAUUGUUCCACGAACCUAAUCCUUCGUCGUACGUUCUUUGGAACGUUCUUCAAGGGAUGGGGUGGCCAAAGAAUUAUAUAUCCACCUGCGCCCGAAGAUAUUACCACUAAUAAUAGGCUUUAUCCCGUCUAUAUCAGUAACAGAAAUGAAUUGCAUGAUAUUAUCUUAGCCAAAGAGCCAUUGAUUUUGAACUUUACUUAUGCUGACCCGAAGUCGAAUAGAAUCUCUCAAUCUCUUUUUGAUAUUCUAGCAGACAAGAAUAAGUAUCCUUUAGAUUUUCCAGUCAACUUGGCCAAUAUUUGGGCAGAUACGCCUGGGGGGAGAGAAUUGAUGCUCACAUAUGUUGUAGGAAAGAUACCUACACUAGUUUUGUUGAAGAAACAAAUCCUUGUAGAUUCUUAUGUACCUAACAGUGAUAAUUUCAGAGAGCAAGAUUUGAGGGCAUGGCUAUCCCAAAUAAAGCAAUAA